AUGCGGGCUCUAUGGCUGGCCUGGCUUUUCGUCGUCGCCACCCCCUCCUACCACGAAAGAAGACUUUAUGAGGAACUCAUGCGUGACUACAACGUCUUGGAGCGUCCGGUUGAAAAUCACAAACAGGCCGUUUCCGUUAAACUCAAGGUUUCUCUUCAACAGAUUAUAGAUGUUGAUGAGAAAAAUCAGGUCGUCAAUGUCAACGCCCUUGGGCUCGAUUAUGAUGUUGAUUCAAAUUUCGACUCUGGCUUAUCCGACAAAUAUGCUGGUAAUUCAGGAAAUAAAAUAAUCAUUUUAACUGAAUAUUCUUUUUGGUUUUACAAUACGGGUAAAAUUUCAUGGGUUCCGCCGGGAAUUUUCAAGAUUUCUUGUAAGAUUGAUAUUAAAUGGUUUCCCUUUGAUGAACAAGUUUGCUUUCUAAAGUUUGGCUCAUGGACAUACGAUGGAGACAAAUUUGAUCUCCAGCCGGCUGAAGGCGGUUUCGACAUUUCGGAGUAUCUCGAGAACGGUGAAUGGGCAUUGCCAUUGACGACUGUGUCACGAAAUGUGAAACGCUACGAUUGUUGCGAUGAGCCGUAUCUUGAUCUCACCUUUUAUUUGCAUUUACGACGAAGAACACUUUAUUAUGGCUUCAACUUGAUCAUGCCAUGCAUUUUGACGACAAUGAUGACGCUACUCGGUUUCACGCUUCCACCCGAUGCUGGGGAGAAGAUUACAUUGCGUGAGUUGAUU